CCUCUGCUCAUAAGAUCGCAUCUUGCAAAAGUAAUGAUUAUUUUGGUCCACGGCCGCAUAGUUCCACAAAUUCCCGGUAAGGCGCCACUGUUCACGGGAGUGGAGUAGUCUACGUACCUUAUUAUAUCAAUUUAAAACGUAAUUUUUUGGAUUGUGUGUUAUAAAUCCCGGACAUUUAUUAUUAUGUUUUAUAAAGAUUUUAUUUUGUAUCAGUUUGUCUUAUGUGAUAUAGACUUUAACGACUGAUGGGACUAAGGGACAAUAUUUUUGCGUCAUUACGUGGUCACCCAUUUGAUAACGACAUUUUUUCAGUGAUAUGUUAGAAGGACAAUUAAUUGGUCGAAAUAUUAAGUGAAAACAGUCGUGUAGUGUUAAAAAUGUUCAUGUUUUUAUUGCUUAUGUUUCGGGACAGCAUUCUGACUUGGCAAUGUUCCAAACCUUCGGCAUACACAAUGAAAUGUCACAGCAUUGAGGAUACGGUAUCCAUCUAUCGACAAUAAAUAUAAAAUGUCCCUUUGUAAGUGCACUGUUAAUACCAGAUCCCAAGCGAAAUCAAUUUAAGAACGACAAAUACUAAUGGCGCACGUAAGACUUUUCCUAAUUGUCGUUGUGGUUGCGAUUAUAAAAACCCAACAAUAUGAUUUUGAAGCAAAAGACAAAACGAAAAAGGCGAUGGCUGCAAAGAGCGAACAUCAAGCCAGAUCAGCAUAUCCCGAGCCUGUGCGUGGGUCGUUCAAGAAACUCUCCAACUUAAUGAACAGGACUGAGAGUAGGCGCCGUGGGAAGCAACAUAUAAGUACGAUGCUUCAGAGCCCACGACUUACCCAUGAAAUGAUGAACGAUAACGAAGGAUCGGUUAGUGUGAACCAAAGAGUUUUUAGUGACAACGAUACAAACUCCUUGGCUGACAAAAUAAAAACGUUGCGCCGUGAAGAGCCAACGUACGAGGCGACUAAUAGAAAUAUGUACGUUUCGCAAGUGAGUGGGGUGUUCUGCAGCUUUGAAAACCUUAAUGGUACGGCCGAUAUGUGUCUGUGGCAAUGGAACAGUACUAUAUCAAGCCACGGCUUAGGUUUCAAAGUAGUAUCAGCUGCUGAUAUUGUCACUAUGAAUCAGACGACGCGUGGACUUAAGUUCUCUGGACCUACUAUGGAUGCUGACGGCAAUAAGGAUGGACAUUUCCUCUACUUGCCUGUGGAUCCAACGAUGGACAACAUGGUAAUCAAGUCUCCGCCCUUCAGAGGAUUGCGAGAAUUUUGUAAGUUCGAAGUCAGAAUGCAUCAAAGCAAAAUGCAAAACGCAAGCAUCAGACUUGUCUCCGAGUCGACGCUGUCUGAAGUCCAGUGGAUACUUCAGGAGUUCGCCGGCAACAACUUUGAAGUCUGGCAGCCCAUUAGAUUCAUGAUCGGCAAAGUGCAACAAGAAGUGCGUAUCAUAAUCGAGAUAACCCGACCGAAUUACGUAAACAUGGAACAACUAUUGCCACAUAUUGCUAUCGACAACAUACGCAUGUUGGAGUGUUUGCCUGAGCCACCCGUCUUCAAUGGCGAGUGCCAAUUUGGACAGUUCAAAUGCAGUAUUAUGAAGAAGGAGUCUUGCAUCAAGUUACAACAAGUUUGCGACCUGGUGAACGACUGUGAUAAUGGAUUCGAUGAGAAUCAGAAUUGUGAUAAAAUGCCAUUUGGAUCAUACUGCAACUUUGAACAAGACACCUGUGGGUUUGAAGAUGUUCCUCAGCCAAUCCUGAAGUGGUCUCGUCACAGCGGACCAACCCCAACUGACAAAACGGGUCCAAACUAUGACCAUACCUGCGGGCCACCAAUGGCCCACUAUACAACAGUGAACCCAAUGAUACCCUUAUCACCUUCGCAUAAAAACUAUUCUUUGUCAGUCUGCAUUGGCUAUUAUUUCUUCGUCAACAUGAACGUGACUGGGCCUAAUAAGGAAAGAGCCGAUUUUGCUUCAAGUGCUGUCAUGAAAACUGUGGUUUUUAAUCCUCCACCAAAGGUUCAUGGGAAUAUAUCAUCGCAGUAUUAUAAUUGCUGCAUGAUUCGCUUCUACUACCAGCAAAACGGUCGUAACUAUGGUUCCUUGAGCGUUGAUGUGGUAGAACUUACUUCACGUGGUAACAUCACCACGUCAUUAUGGUUUUCGACCAAGGACAAGGGUGAAAAUUGGUACAGGGCAUCAAUAUUCCUACCGAAUAUUACAAGCAGGUAUUACUUUCUCUUCAAGACAAGGAUGGGCAUGAGAAUAUACUCAGACUCGGCCAUUGACGAUUUCUCUAUGGCUCCAGAAUGUUUCGGCCUCAAUAUAAACGCGACUGAAUUGGGAGAUUACAAUUAUUACGACCCUGCAUUUGAAGAAAAAACCACGCCUCAUGCAGAUUUUGAGGACGCUACAGUGUAUCGCUUCACGACUUGCGGCGCGUAUGGACGUCAGGGGCCUAACCAGACGCUGUGCGACAUAGCCUACAACAAUACCCCGGUACAUGUAUCCGUGGUACAGUCGCCGCCUUACACUGGGAUUCAAGUGUGGCAGGUGCCAGCUGAAGGCUUGUACACGAUAAUAGCAACUGGCGCCUCCGGAGGUCUCGGUUCGAUGUGGACUGGAGUAUCGCACGGCGCUCAGGCCAGGGGUCUGUUUGAGCUGCACCGCUCGGAGCAAAUAUACAUGCUUGUUGGUCAGCCUGGACUCAAUGCUUGCAAGAAGACGCUUUCAGCUCAAGAAGGCCACGAUUGCUCUAGAAGAGACAACAACGACACCUACCAGAUAUUCACGAGCAAGACCCACGAGAUAAGAAACACCCACGUGAGCGACGGUGGUGGGGGAGGGGGUGGCGCUACUUACGUAUUUCUGUUGGGUAAAGGCGGUCGUCCAAUCCCUUUAUUAGUGGGGGGUGGAGGAGGAGGUAUUUCUGUCGGCGUGUUCAGGGACGAUGGCUCUCAGCAUGCCAAAAGCAGAACCAACGCGACACCGGAGUCUGGAUAUAUGUACGGACAACCAAGUAGAACUUCCGGUGCUGGAGGCGGGUGGCUGUCACGCCACGGGCCGGUAACUCCUGGCUUCGACUUACUCCGAGGAUCCUCACUGCAAGAGGGUGGAAUUGGUGGCCAGGCGUGUAGCGGCACUGCUGAUGGCGGCUUCGGGGGAGGUGGGGGAGGAUGUCUGAGGGGAGGGGGAGGAGGCGGAUGGGCUGGAGGCAGUACCCAUGAGGGAGUGGGCCAGCACGGGGAAGGUGGCUGGUCGUACAUAGACGCGACACGAGCCGUCGCAGACUACAGCGCUACGGGGGUAGCCCUCCGUACUGGUCCAGGAGAAGUGCUCAUCAUACCAGCCAUACACGCUUGUGGAUGUAAUUACCGCUGCGUCGCCAUGAACGAGUACAGAAGUGAAGUGAAAUGUUACUGCCCUGCGUCUUGGUCUACAGACCCUAGCGAUCCCAGCAAAUGUAUAUUGGAAGAGGUGUGGUCACAGAGCAUAUGGAUCCUGAUCAUAGCCUUGUGCGUUGUCGGGUUUGUGUGUAUGAUCACUGUACCCUGUGUUUGCCUGCAUUUGUAUAAUAAAUACCAGCGUAAAAAGGAAGAGGAGCUCCAGAACAAGAGAGUUCAAGAACAAGUACUAGAGCUCCAUCGGCUACGAAAUGCUCCCGGGGGAGGAGACAACGCGCUUGGGAUGGCUUUCAACCCUCACUACGGGAGUGAGAGUUUCUACCCAUUAGGAAUCGAUGUGAGAGGCUUGCCUCAAGUUACAAGGGAUAAAUUGAAGUUGAUCAAAGCUCUAGGACAAGGUGCUUUUGGAGAGGUAUACCAAGGUCUAUACAAACACCAACCUGGAGAUACGGUGGAGAUGCCCGUAGCUGUAAAGACUCUACCAGAACUUUCGACCGGCCAAGCCGAGUCUGACUUCCUGAUGGAAGCCGCUAUCAUGGCGAAGUUUAAUCACCCCAACAUCGUGCAUCUUAUUGGUGUAUGCUUUGAUAGGCAUCCAAGGUUUAUAGUCCUAGAGCUUCUUAGCGGAGGUGACCUGAAGCAAUUUCUUAGAGACAACCGACCUAAGCCAGACAGAGCCAGCGCUCUGACUAUGAAAGAUCUCAUACUUUGCUCACUGGAUAUUUGCAAGGGAUGCAAAUAUUUGGAGAGUCAGAGGUUUAUCCAUAGAGACAUUGCAUCCCGGAAUUGUCUUCUAACAUCGCGUGGUCCCGGCAGAGUUGUCAAAAUUGCUGAUUUCGGAAUGGCCCGAGAUAUCUACCGCGCGGACUACUAUCGUAAGGGUGGGAAGGCUAUGUUGCCUAUCAAAUGGAUGCCUCCUGAAGCAUUUAUGGAUGGAGUGUUCACUAUCAAAACAGAUAUUUGGUCUUUCGGAGUGCUGCUAUGGGAGGUAUUCUCGUUGGGAGUGAUGCCGUACACGGGAUGCUCCAACCGAGAGGUGAUGCAGCUUGUGUCUGGCGGAGGAAGACUCGAUAGACCUUAUGGUUGUCCACCCGAAGUAUACCGGCUGAUGUGUGAAUGUUGGAACCCCGCUCCAGAACAUAGACCUUCGUUUGCACAAAUGUUUGACAGACUUCAAAGGUUCUUACAGGAUCCGGAAAUCACAAACGCACCCCUUCCAAUAAUGAGGUCGUUGACCUUGCAUGACGACUUUGACGAACUUAAUGGAUGUCCGCUCAACGGAUCCGUUGGUACUUCAUAGCAAAACGCCAACGGUGACACCCGACCGACAAGAAACGCAGGCUUCACAAUAUCCACCUCCACUGAAAGCAUCACAAGAAUAUGGCAACAUUCCAAUGGCGUCCAAAAUCGGCGCGAGCGCAGGUCGGGAGGGUUCUGCUUCCGGCGGAG